AUGUAUGAGAUCAAGGUCUACCGGCAGUGGAAGAUUAGCAAGCUAUUUCGAACCACGAGCGAAUCACGCCGUGUAGCACUGAGCUUCUACCGGGUCCAACUCCCCUGUUGGUACAGUUGGGGCAAAUACUGGACCACAUCCAAGAAAACCACACUCUACAUUUGUCCCGAAUUAGAUACACUAGAGUUCGAUAACACGCAUCACUUUGAGUGCUUUGCCAAUGACGUAUGGACCCACGACCGUCUUCGCGUUGGUGUCGUCAACCUUGCUAUGCCUUCCUGUGAUCUCUUCCUUCACAAGACCUGGCGACUCGGUGGGAAGAACAAGGCCCUGUUCAAGGAGACUUUAUUAAGAAUUGAGCGCUUUAUUGUGAUGGAAAGGGGAUCGCGGAUGGGGUGGCUCAACCGCGAUAAGACUUCAUCGAUAAGAAGUCCAUCCUACCACGGCUGUCCUGUCUAUGGCAAUACAUUCGGUUUCGAACGACUUCCGUGCGAUCCCCGACUAGGCGAUGAGCAUCUGAAGCGAAUAUUCACGGGACCAUAUGAUCCAAGAAUGCAUUUCCACGAAUGGUUCAGGACACUCAAAGCCCUGGGUAUCAAGCAUAACCACAAGGUGGCCUAUCAGUUUGGUAUGUGCAUCGAAACAGAUUCACGUCACGAUGUCCACCAAGGUCUAUAUACGAAUGAUCGAGAUGCCGCUGCUGAAUGGGUCCGCGAGAAUGAACAGAGAUUCCAGUCAAUGAUGCGGGAGAAAUUCACGAGAGAAGGCAUGGAGUAUCCUCCCCUUGAGGAUCAAGGCCUUGAACAAGCGCCUCAGCAAGCAAUCGGUUUCUGGCUAUUUUCACUGGAAAGCAUCGCUCCAUUGCCCAAGAUCGGCACAUCGUUCAAGAGAUACAGCCAAUGGAGUACCAAGUGCAAACGACACUUUGAUUACAGCAGGUUUCUAGACAUGACACAACAUAAACCGGAGCUGUGUCUGUCGUUCAUGCACUGA